AUGACCACUCUAUUCACCGUCCCCAUCGCCUCCGGCGGCAGCAUUGUCUGCAGUAAUCCGUCGUCCUCGGAGCAGGAGAAGAACAUCUACCUCCUGACCUUCACCUCGCCCAAGGACAACCGGCUCACGCCGGUCUUCAUCGAGGCGCUCCUGCUGGCCCUGGACAUCGUCGACCACCGAUACCCCAAGGGCGUGCUGAUCACCACCAGCGGCAUUGCCAAGUUCUACAGCAACGGGCUGGACCUGGAGCUGGCGCAGUCCACAGAGGGAUUCGUCGAGAAUUACCUGUGGAAGCUUUUCCGACGACUCUUAACAUAUCCCAUGCCCACAAUCAGCCUCCUCAAUGGCCACGCCUUCGCGGCCGGCUGCAUGCUCGCAAUGUACCACGACUACCGAAUCCAGAACCCCAGCAAGGGCUUUCUCUGCAUCAACGAGAUCGAAUUCGGCGUGCCGCUGCAGUCGCCCAUGAUGUGCAUUUUCCGCGAGAAGCUGACCCCACCGGCCUUCCGGGACGUGGUGCUCGAGGCGAAGCGCUUCAGCGGCGCGAGCUCCGUGAAUUCCGGCCUUGUGGACGCGCUGGGCGGUCUGGACGAGACCUUGGCGUUUAUUCGCGAGCGAGGACUGCUUAAGAAGGCGGCGACGGGGAUCUACGGGACCUUGAAGGAGGAGAUGUAUCGUCAUUCGUUGGAUAUUGUGGAUGGUCAUGAGAAGAACUUGGAGUGGAGGGAGCAGGUUGAGGAGAAGAAUGAGAAGGUGGAGAAGGAGGGUUUGAGGGCGGUGGAGGCGUGGGAGAAGCAGAGGGGGUCGAAGCUUUGA